UCGCGGGCCCGGGCGCCUCCUCCCCUCUCCUCUCCUCUCCUCCCCAUGGCCGGGAACUUCUGGCAGAGCUCGCACUAUUUACAAUGGAUUUUGGAUAAACAAGAUCUGUUGAAGGAACGCCAGAAAGACUUGAAAUUUCUGACUGAAGAAGAAUAUUGGAAACUACAGAUAUUUUUUACUAAUGUUAUCCAGGCUUUAGGUGAACAUCUUAAGUUAAGACAACAAGUUAUUGCCACUGCUACAGUCUACUUCAAGAGAUUCUAUGCCAGAUAUUCCCUAAAAAGUAUAGAUCCAGUAUUAAUGGCUCCUACGUGUGUGUUUUUGGCAUCCAAAGUAGAGGAAUUUGGUGUUGUUUCAAAUACAAGGUUGAUUUCUGCUGCUACUUCUGUAUUGAAAACUAGGUUUUCAUAUGCCUUUCCGAAGGAGUUUCCUUAUAGGAUGAACCAUAUACUAGAAUGUGAAUUCUAUCUCUUAGAAUUAAUGGACUGCUGUUUGAUAGUAUAUCAUCCUUACAGACCUUUGCUCCAAUAUGUGCAAGAUAUGGGCCAAGAAGACAUGCUGCUACCUCUCGCAUGGAGGAUAGUGAAUGACACAUAUAGAACUGAUCUUUGUCUGCUGUACCCUCCUUUCAUGAUAGCUCUAGCUUGCCUACAUGUGGCCUGUGUCGUCCAGCAGAAGGAUGCAAGGCAAUGGUUUGCUGAGCUAUCUGUUGAUAUGGAAAAGAUUUUAGAAAUAAUCAGGGUUAUUCUGAAGCUGUAUGAGCAGUGGAAGAACUUUGAUGAGAGGAAAGAGAUGGCUACUAUUCUUAGUAAAAUGCCUAAACCAAAACCACCUCCAAACAGUGAAGGAGAACAGGGUCCAAACGGUAGCCAGAACUCUAGUUAUAGCCAGUCGUAAGACAUUCCAAAGAAUUUCUUUAUGGACCACUUCGACUCAAGACAUCCUGGGAUCUUGCCUGUGUUCAUGAAAUGGACAGAAGGUUUUAGUAACAUCUUUGACAAAGAACUUGAAGAAUAAAUAGCUUGUUUGUGUCAAGCAUUUUGAAAGCUUUUUCUCUAAAACUGCAUCAUUUUCUCUGACGCUGGAGCAAACGUACUAAGAUUUUUCAGCGUAAGGAAUCAAACAUUAAACCAAGCUGCAAAAGAUUAACACUAUCCACUCAAAACAAAUAGUUCAUUAUUGGUUCUGUUUGCUUUGAGAAAAUUGUAACUUGCCAUUGAAGUGAACUAUUUUUAAAGCGACAGUAACCUGAAGCCUAAGUGUAACUGUAUUAAUGACCUGUGUUGUCUUCAUUUUGUUUGUGACUGAAGGAAGAUAGUGCA